AUGCGGCAUCAGCUCUGUGGGGUGGCAUCCAAGCGUCAUUGCAGGACGCUCGAGCUUCUGACGAGGCACCGCGAGGGGCAACCUGUCCUAGACCGUGGUAUUUCUGGAAAACCUCCCUGUGGUUAUGAGCUGCGAUGCGCGCCGAUAAAUAGUAUGCGAGCAGUGCUUCCUGGAAAGCCACGGGCCAAGCUCCAAGCUGUCUGCACGGGCUGCUGGGACAGUAGACGGCUCAUAGCAUACAUUACAGGAAAUGCCUUUGUGGUACUCACAGGACCGGACUCGAUCCUGCAAACGAUAUACGACGAUGACGAUGCCCAGCUCGAGGCCAUUGCGAUUGACGAGGCGUCUGGAAAGAUAGCAACGUGUGCUGGGUCGAAUGUUCGGAUUUACAAACCAUAUGGUCAAGGAGAGGAUGCUCUGAAGUGGUCACUGCAACAUAGCUUUUCUACAGAGAAACCCGCGGAUGAUUUAGUAAUAACACUGUCUUGGGGACUAGCGGAGGAGCUGCUGGUGGGAGGGUCAUGGCUUUCUCUAUACUCAACGACGGACGAACCUGAAUGCGUAUGGAAGAAAGAGCUAGCCAACCCUGUGAAGUUCGCCAACUUUUCCUACGACUCUGCAUACAUAGCUUCGAAUGGGAAGUAUGACAGGCUUGUGAAGAUAUGGAGGAGGUUAUCCUUUGGCUCGGACGAUACAAGAUUCGACUUCAGCUACCUCCCGCAUCCCGCUACUGUUACGGCCAUACACUGGCGGAGGCCCUACCACGUAGACCAGACGAUCGACAAUGUGCUAUAUACAAUCUGCGCGGACAAUGUUUUAAGGAUAUGGGCGGCUACGGAUCCUCAUGGUCUGCAAUUGCUGCAGCUCUGGGCCCAAAUUGACUUGAAGGAGUCCAUAGCGCCUCGAGGUCUGGCACCAGCAGAUAACUCGGAUAUACGCUUUGCUUUUAUGAUUGAUGGACGGGACUUUAUGCUUGCUACUGAACAUGCUGUCCAAGCAAGAGGGGCAGAUAAAGAGGACCACGCCCUGUCACAUUUGGUCGAGGUUGCCAAUCGAAGCCCGGAAAUAUGUGUUGUCCUAGAUGGGCAGGGGAAUAUGUCUGCAUGGGGGCUGGAGAAUGUAGGAUGCAAGGCACGGCAGACGACAAACAUCUUCAAUGUAGCCCAUGUCGAUGGUUUGAAUCUUGGCCUGCCGAUGGAUCUAGCAGGCGACUCGAGCUAUAUUCAGUUUUGCAACUACUGCAAUUCAGCUAGUGGGGGUCUUAAUGUUCUGGUCCAUCAUUUUGAUGGGAAAAUUGAGGUCUUCGAGAGCAACGUGGCCGAUUUAUUUGAUCCUUCUCCGAGAUCAAACCGGUUCGUGUCUAAAGCCAUGUGGACGGGCCAUGCUUCUGCCAUGAGGAAAAUCGUCAGAAGCGUCAGUGGACGGGCAGUUGUUACUCGGACCGAUGGUAAUGAAGGCAUUGUAUGGAAACACAAGGAUCUCAAAGGAGGAACUUCUGUUUUGCGCCAAAGCAUCAUCUCGGAAAAGGAGUAUAUUCAUAGAAUAUGCGUUUUGAGAAAGGGUAAUUUCGUUAUCUACCUGCACCGCGACAGAGUUGCACUCUGGGAUACGAGGUCGUUUGAGGCGAAUCUACUUGCUAGUUGCGAUUUUUCUGUUGAAGGGAAGACUCUUUGCAUUCUCGUACUCCCAGAGUUGAAGCAAGAAGGCCUUAUUGCUCAUAUUGCUACCAUUACGUCCAAAAUGAAAGGCAUUGUUUGGGAAGUCCGAUUGCCCCAAAUGCGGGGGAGUAUUGCUGGAACGAAUGGCUACCAUGAAGCUUCUAUCUCAGAAUUUUGUCGAUUUGACCUUGGCGAGUCGGAUGAUCUAUCAUACGUCCUUCCAGUUGAUCCUGCGGGCUCCCCUCCCGUCAUUUCAGGGUUCCUAGACACCUUUGCAAGGGACAUUGCUAUCUCAUAUACACAUUCUGGACUGCUACGCUCCUGGACAGCGAAAUUAGACCCAGUCAAUAACAAAUUCGAUUGGCUGGAAACCUGCUCGGUUGCGACAGGAAUAUCCGAACCAGCACUUGCCAGUGGUAGCUCCAUACGGAAAGCUGCUCUGGUGAACUCUACCAGAUCUGAGUUGACUAUUUGGGACGUCCGAGGAGCUCAACUCGAAUAUUCUCAAGACUAUGAAUCCCAAGAUACUAUCCGGGAUCUGGAUUGGACGUCAACCCCAGACGAUCAAUCCAUUCUCGCGGUGGGGUUUCAAUUUAGGGUUCUCCUACUUGCUCAGAUGCGUUUUGAUUAUUUGAACAAAGGCCCAGCUUGGGCCGCAAUACGAGAGUUCAAUAUUCGUGAACUGACGCCUCACCCUAUUGGAGAUUCGACCUGGCUGAGUGGCGGUAACCUCAUUAUUGGCGCCGGGAAUCAGAUUUUCGUCUACGAUAAAGCAGUUGAUCCUUCUGCUCCGGUGGUAACUACUCUUGGGCUUCCUCCCCACAAGGCCCCUUGGGAUUUAUUUGAAGUUGUUUCCAGAUUAAAUGGGCCUCUUCCUGUUUAUCAUCCACAGUUCUUGGGACAGUGCACACUUGCUGGGAAGACGGCAGUGGUACAAAAGGUAUUGAUUGCGUUGUACAAGACUUUGAAAUAUUUUGUCGAGGGCGAGUCGAUAGACAGCCACCUGGGGAUAGAUUUAGAGGAAUUCUACUUAUCUACUGAUACGGCGUCAUCUCGAGGUGUAAGCAAAAUAUCUAAAUCGGCUUUUAGUAAUUUCUCUGAAGAAGAGGAAGACGUAGAGACUGUGACUGAAGAAGUUGCGCUUUCUAUUAACGAAAAGCUCACCAAAAUCGCCUUGCCGCAGCUCACAAGGCAAGAGCAGAUCCAUCUAGCUGAUGCCGUCGAAUGCGUGGCCAUUGUUGAGAAGCAACGGCGAUCCAUGGACGACAAUGCUGCAAGGUUUAUGCUUUUCUUCCGCCAACACGCAUUGCAUCGUGGUCGAGCUAAUGAAGUGCACUUGUCGUGGAGGGAGAUUAAUUGGGCAUAUCACAGUCACAGCCAAGAUAUACUGGUUGAUAUGGUCUCACAUCAAUUCCAUGGGAAGAUGUUAUGGGAGCAUGCUCGUGAGAGUGGGAUGUUCAUGUGGAUGACGGAUUCAAACGCGCUGAAAGCACAGUUCGAGAACAUUGCUCGAAAUGAAUACACAAAAAGCGAUAUGAAGAAUCCUGUCGAUUGCACUUUGUUCUACCUUGCAUUGAAGAAGAAAGCUGUGCUUCAGGGCUUAUGGCGAAUGGCUGGUUGGAAUCGCGAGCAAGGUGCAACCAUGAGACUUCUCGCAAACAACUUCCAAGAUAAGAAGUGGAAGACGGCUGCUUUGAAGAACGCGUAUGCGUUGCUUGGAAAGCAUAGAAACGAAUACGCUGCGGCCUUCUUCCUGCUAGCAGAUCACCUUAAAGAUGCCGUCAAUGUGAUCCUGAACCAACUCAAAGAUCUUCAACUCGCAAUCGCAGUCACCCGAGUCUACGAAGGCGAAGGAGGGCCUAUUUUAAAAGAACUCCUUCAAGACAAAGUAUUGCCGUUAGCAGCACAAGAAGGCAACCGCUGGUUAGCAUCAUGGGCAUUCUGGAUGCUGCACCGAAGAGAUAUGUCGUCACCAGUCUACACCCUUCUCGAAACACCGCAAUCACCACCCGAUCUGCAAGCAAAGCUCUUCCUAACCGAUGACCCGGCCCUCGUAGUCCUGUACUCGCAACUGCGGCAAAAAACACUGCAGACUCUCCGCGGAGCCUCAAAGGUCACGCCGAAAGUGGAGUGGGCAUUUGUGUUGCAUAAUGCGAGAUUGUAUGAUAGGAUGGGCUGUGAUCUACUUGCGUUGGAUUUAGUCCGCAACUGGGAAUUCUUGCUCCCAACCCCACCCCUCCAAAAUCUAGAGCAGCCCGACCCCCGGCAGAUGCUGCGCCGUCGCUCUUCACUCGUUGUCGCGGACCUCCCCGAGCAGGAGAUUAAGGGCAGCGUCAGUGGAUAUAAGCAUAAACCGCCACCGACGGUAUUCGAGGAGCCGCAGGGGAGUGAUUUAUUAGAUAGUUUUGGAUUCUGA